GUAUUGGCAGCAUGAACCUGAAUUUCAGUGGCCUGAGGGCCCUGGUGACAGGGGCAGGGAAAGGGAUUGGGCAUGACACUGUGAAGGCCCUGCAUGCCUCAGGAGCCAAAGUGGUGGCUGUGACACGCACCAAUGCAGACCUGGUCAGCCUUGCUAAAGAGUGUCCGGGGAUAGAGCCUGUGUGCGUGGACCUGGGAGACUGGGAGGCCACAGAGAAGGCGCUGCGCGCUAUCGGCCCUGUGGACCUGCUGGUGAACAAUGCGGGGGUGGCGCUGAUUCAGCCCUUCAUGGAGUCUACCAAGGAGGUCUUUGACAGGUCCUUCAAUGUGAAUGUGCGCUCUGUGUUGCAAGUGUCCCAGAUGGUAGCCAAGGGCAUGAUUAACCGUGGAGUGGCAGGGUCCAUCGUCAACAUCUCCAGCAUGGUGGCCUAUGUCAUUCCUGGCCUGGCCACAUACAGCUCCACCAAAGGUGCACUAACCAUGCUGACCAAAGCCAUGGCCAUGGAACUCGGGCCACACAAGAUCCGGGUGAACUCUGUAAACCCUACCGUGGUGCUGACUGACAUGGGCAAGAAAGUCUCUGCAGACCCGGACUUUGCCAAGAAGCUCAAGGAGCGCCACCCACUGAGGAGGUUUGCAGAGGUGGAGGACGUGGUCAACAGCAUCCUCUUCCUGCUCAGCGACAGCAGCGCCUCUACCAGCGGCUCUAGCAUCCUGGUGGACGCUGGUUACCUGGCCUCCUAGGCUGCCCAGAUGCAGGGGACCCCUAGAGGCCUCCCUGGCUCCCUACUCUAGAGCUAAAGCCUCUGCUGAUCUCAUGACCUGCUCCCUACGCCACAGCCCUGCCCUCAGAUGUCUGAUCCUGCAACCAUAGCACACUCUGGACUUUGGAGUUUUUGUUCUCUUUGUCCGCUUUGAUGGUCUCAUUUUCCUAAAUAAAUGGACCACUACAGUCCCGAACCAUUGCACAGGACUCCUUGGGGUGGCCUGCUGCAAGGCUGGAUGCUGGAUCAGGUCCUGCUGCAGGCUAUUUACCUCAAAGUCUGCUUUCUGCCAAAACCUACUGUCCCUUGUGACCAAUGUGACCAAAGGACACUCUCCUGAAAAGACAGGAUCUGUGUUGUUGCACACCUCCUCUUAGGGCUUUCUCCCUGUCCAUUACUGUGUCUGGUUACCUCUUUGUGUUCUGACCCCAACCCAGGAAUCAGGGAAGGGAGGGGGAAGCAGGGAAGGGGAGAUGUCCUAGACCACAUCAUUCCUAAAUCUGUGGACUCUUUGCAGAAGGAGAAGAACUGUCAGGUGGGGGGGGGAUUGGAAUCUCUCUGUAUUCUCUGGAACCCACUUGCUGGUCCAUUCAUACAAGCACGCUAACAAGGCUGCCCAAACUGAAGCUCUCACAGCUAGCUAGCUGGUCUAUCACCCUGGCCAGCACCAGCACAAGAGCCCUGCAACCAGGAGCCCUGGCAGGUUCUCCUGUGCUUGCUUGCAUUGGCUAGCUCUGUCAAUAGAGCAUGAGACUUUUAAUCUCAGGGUCGUGAGUUCAAGCCCCACAUUGGGCACCAAUUGAAGGGGGAGGGGUAAAUGAGUUCACCAGACCCAAGAUCAAUGAUAAUAGAUAUCUGUUAGAGGAGGACUUACAAUGCUCUUCCAAUGCUCUCCAAAGCCCAAGUGAGAGACAGUCCACUGCCUGUACCUUAUCAAUGGGUCAUGUCUGCUCCUGAAACCAUGCCCACUGCUACAAGUUCAUUGGCAAGGCAAGAUGCCACUACAGCCUGUGGUCUCUAGUAGGUUGUGGGGCUUAAAGUGGCCAACCAUUUGAACUGACACAGGGUCCAGCUCAGGUCAGGUGGCAGAGCAGAGGAGGGUGGGCUCAGGUCAGACCUUCUAAAGAGCACAGGGUACAGUUUUCUGAGAGUCCCUCUCUUCAGAGAGCAAGGCCUGAGCUGCAGCCUGUGUGCAUCCAGAACCACAGAGCAAUGAGAUCUGUGCACGUCCUGGAUACUGAAGCUGCUGGUGAGCUUUAAGCAGCCAUAUCUAGGUGUUGGGCAGGUUGGGUGCUGUCUCUCUCUCAGUUUUUGGCAGGCAGAUGGCAGAGUUCACAGAAUGGACUUACAGCGGUGUGAUCAGGUCAUAGAAGGGCGUGGGAGACACUUGGCUAUCUGGCCUCCGGUGCUUUUCUUUCCUUUAAAUAAUAAUAAAAAAUUACUAUUAUGUGUA